AUGCCUACCAUCACCUACUCGCAUGUCGACUCGCUCGAAAUCCAGCUGGAUUACGAUUUACCCUCUCAUGUCACCAGUGGCUCUUUGGGUGUGGUCAUUUACCUUCACGGUGGAGGCAUCAUCACAGGUUCUCGCAAGGAUGCAUUCUUCCCUGACUCUAUGAAAGAAUCAGUCUUGAAAAACGGUGCCAUAUUCAUGGGUGCCGACUAUCGUCUAUUGUAUCCCUCCACAGGCUUCGACGUCAUCGACGACAUGAAGGCCCUCUUCUCAUUCCUAUCAAACCCAAACUUCUCGGAAGACCAUUUGCCGAGCGGGAUAUCGUUGGAUGCAUCUCGCAUUGCCCUUGUAGGGGCUUCUGGAGGAGCGUAUCCUGCGAUGGCCGCGGGCCUCUACGCUCAACCGAAGCCGAAGGCUCUUCUCUUGCUGUUUGGCAUGGGCGGAGACAUGCUGGGAGAUAGCUGGGUUGCGCCCAAGAGCGGGUUCAUGCCGUUCCCUGGAUCCGAGAGCGUAACAGAAGCGUCUCUCAGUCACCUUCUGGAGCAUCCUCCACCUCCUAUCUCAGACGCACCAGUGAAGAUCCAGCCCGACCAGACCCUUCGCGACGACGAGGGUCGCAUGGGCCUGUUCAUGCACUGGUGGCGAACGGGCGAGCUUCUGGACUAUGUCGUGGGGGAACCCGUCUCCGCCACUCUGCGCUCCUUGCCGCCCGCUCAACGCCUCCCCGCUGUACCUGCCCAUUUGCGUCUGGCCAUCCUACAAGCCCACCUGGACGCCGAGUUCCCCCCGACAUGCCUCGUGCACGGGGAGCAAGACGGUCUUGUGGAUCCCGCUGAAUCGAAGACGACGUAUGGUCGUCUGAAGGAAUUGGGUGUGAAGACGAAAUUGGUGCUCGUUCCGGACGCUAUCCAUGCGCUCAUGUCGCCCACCAAUCCGGCGGCGCCAGCUGUGGCGGCCGAGGAUGCAUAUGCGGAGGGUUUGAGCUUCGUGUUCACGGAGUUGUUGAGCGAGUAG